UUUUGGGAUGGAAAUGUUUACAAACAGGAAGUGUUCUAAGAAAGAAUAAAAAAGAAAGAUAAAAAGAAAAAGGAUAUUGUAGUAACUCUCGUUUCUGCGAACCCGAUUCUCUAUAAUUUGGGGUUGAUUGAAGCUAUUGGGUUUUGAUAAUCUUCUGGUCAAAAAAUAAUGCUAAAACCCAGACAGAUCUUGGGUUGUUCGUUUGGCUUCGUUUCUCAUCGCUGGAAGCCAUAUUCUAAUACUUGUACCAGUAUUUCUACUACAAGUGGUACCCUCUCCUUCCUCUCUAAUUCCACCUGCUCCAACCCUUUAUUAUCUUUUUCUUCUUCCUCCUCAACAUUAUUGCCCGCAACCACCGCCACUUGGCCGUCCUCCACUCGUCGCCCUCGUUUCGGAGCUCUCAGCUUGUCCUCAGCUCCUUCUGGGUCGAACGGAGGUGGCUCUUCUUCUUCAGUUGCGGUUCAGUCUGCUGGCAAUGCUCGUAAGAUUAAUUUCUGCCAGUCGUGUGGUGGUCCAACAAAGCAUGAGAUACCCGACGGUGAGGAGAAGAUACGAGCUAUUUGCACAGUUUGUGAGAGGAUUGCGUAUGAGAACCCAAAAAUGGUUGUGGGUUGUCUGAUUGAGCAUGAUAACAGGAUCCUACUUUGCAAAAGGAAGAUUCAACCAUCAUAUGGCCUUUGGACUCUUCCUGCAGGUUACAUGGAAAUUGGGGAAUCAGCUGCAGAAGGAGCCAUCAGGGAAACCAGGGAAGAAGCAUGUGCAGAUGUGGAAGUGCUGUCUCCUUUUGCUCAAUUGGACAUCCCACUGAUUGGCCAGACGUAUGUAAUUUUCUUAGGAAGGCUCAAGACACCCCAUUUUUCACCAGGUCCUGAAUCGUCAGAAUGCGGGCUUUUUGCACUUGAUGAGAUACCUUUUGAUUCUCUCUCCUUUUCGUCAAUGGUUGUUACCUUAAAAUUGUAUGUUGAAGAUGUAAGGGCUGGAAAGAUAAAGUUCCACUAUGGUACCAUUAAUAAAAGGCCCGGCACAAGUCCUUCUGACAGUCAUGCCUAUACUUUAGAUUAUCAUCUACAGUCAUGACAAGAAGUUGCAGAACCCAUUUGGUGUCUGAAAAUUGGAGUUGAAACCUUUAAGCGCAUCGGUGACGUAAGGAGUGUAUCUUCGUAGAAAAUGGAGCCGAUAUACCUUCGCCAACUCCAGAACCCACUGUACCGAUCGAAAUUUGAUGUCGCCUCUACUACAUGGAUUCUGCAUAAUGUCAAAUUAUUCAGCCGUACGGUUGGUAGAUGUGCAUAAUUCUGGAGUUCCGUCUCAAAAUGCCCACUAGUCCUGUAGAGAACCAAACUGUAUAAAGCUUGAACAGAGAUGAAAAAAUCAAUGAAAUUUUUUCUCCAUCUGAUGUUGAUUUCGGAA